AUGAAGGAUAUCGACGAUGAAGAGGAUACACGGGAGGACCUUCCGCCUCCCGUAUUUCUGCGUGCCGUGAGUGGCGGUGGUGAGGAUCCCAACGGCGAUGUUCCUAUGCUCGAUCUUACUGCUGCGAGACACGAGCGGCGUGGAGAUGAUUUGAGAGACCGCCGGCGUAGGUUAUUGUUCAUGGUCCUGGACAUUAUGGCGACCAUGUGGCGCAACUGA